GAGCGACAUGGGCAAUCUCUGCAGCUGCGGGCGACCGUGGAAUUGUCCUUCACCUUUUAAAAGAAAGAAAGAAAAGCAAGGAACUAAUGUGAGACAUGAGAGCCAACAGCAUCAGCCUGGCAGGAAGGCUCCAACGUAUGAAGAUGUCCCAGAGUUUCCUGUCUACGCCACCGUGAGUAAACCCAAGAGUGUGAAGCAGGAUGACAGCAUUCAUUACGCGGACAUCCAGGUGUUCACCAAGGUCCGGGAGCGCUCUGCAGCAGAGGUGAAGAACUUACAAAUGCAGAAUGCCACAGAGUAUGCCACCCUCAACUUCCCCCGGCCCAGGCUGAAAUACGACAGUAAGAAUGGGACCCUGGUAUAAAAGGCAUGAUGCCCCCCUCCUCCUUCAGCAGAAAAAGGAUUUCACAGACUUAGAGAUGCUGUAGAUGCAAGCUAACCUCAUGGACACAUCAAGUCUCCCUGAGAAAGUGCAGAGAGGCUGUGUCUUCCAUCUGCAUUUCUCUUCAGAGGACACAGACAUAUUUAUUCUCACAUGAUGAGUAGUUUCCUAUCUGAUUCUGCUGACAAAAAACACCUCUUCCCCUUGGAAGAGUUGCCUCUGAAGCUGGAAACCCAUCUCCUCUCAGCACUGUGAGA